AUCUUUGGCUAUAGUAAAAAAAUACCAAAGCUCAGUUUCUGUCGCUAUCCAGUAGUCCCUCCCAAGUCCCUUUCUCUUUCUUCUCAUAUCACCACCGAGAGAAACAUCGCUUGUUCCAAACCCACCGGCAAAUUUCUCCGGCGAAGAUUGAUUUUGGAAAUCUUCUUUCAGGUUUGCGAUUUCGGUGGUUCUUUCUUAUGUUUUUCAUCGUUAACUUGAGUAGUGUUGUCGUCUAUAACUGACACUGGCCGUGGAGUUGGGGUCCAGUGUGUGUGAGGUGUGGAAGAAGUUGAACUUAUUGUGCGGAGGUACAGUUUCAGAGCUUGGAGAAGUGACUUUGAAAUUUUGGGGUUUUUGCUUUGGGGUUGUCACCGGAAAGAAUGUCUUUCCAGCAUAAAAGCUUUUGGAUACCUAGGGAUGCUGGAUGUUUAACUGAUGGAGAGAUGAACUAUGACAGCUCCUCCAGAAUUGAAACCAAACGUGGCCAUCAAUGGUUCAUGGAUGGCAGUGCACCAGAGCUAUUCAGUAGCAAGAAGCAAGCAAUUGAAGCUGUAAAUUCUAGACCUGUUCCUGGAGUUCCACACAUGAAUGUUUCUCCCUGGGAAAACUCAAGUUUUCAGUCAGUCCCUGGACACUUCACUGAUCGUCUUUUUGGCUCAGAGCCAAUACGAACUGUUAACUUGGUUGAUAGAGGCAUCUCUGUGGGAAAUGCAAAUAUGGACAUGGGAAGAAAGGAGUUUGAGAAUCAUUUUACAAACAACCCAUCUGUUGGCUUGUCCAUGUCUCAAUCCAUUGAGGAUCCCUCAUCAUGCCUCAAUUUUGGGGGAAUUAGAAAAGUUAAAGUCAAUCAAGUGAGGGAUCCUGACGUUGGCAUGCCUGCUUCUUUGGGGCAUGCCUAUACUAGGGGUGAUAAUUGUACAAUUUCGAUGGGUACAGGAUUUAAUAAAAACCAUGAGAACACCAUAUCAUUGGGCCAAACUUAUAAUAGUAGAGAUGAGAAUGCCAUUUCGGUUGGCCCUGCAUAUCACAAGACAGAUGACAAUUUUAUUUCAAUGGGUCAUGCUUUCAGCAAGGGUGAUGGGAGUUUUAUUACAAUUGGUCAUAACUAUAGCAAGGGAGACAAUAGCAUCUUAUCGAUGAAUCAGCCUUUUGACAAGGGGGAUGACUCUUUUAUUUCAAUGGGUCAAUCUUAUGAGAAGGCUGAAGGAAAUAUCAUCUCUUUUGCCUCCUACAAUAAAGGGCAAGAAAAUUUUAUAUCAAUGGGGCCAGCCUAUAGUAAGGCGGGUGAUACUUUCAUUUCAAUGGCUUCAUCUUUUAAUAAGGGGAAUGAUGACAACUUAUCCAUGGCUCCCACCUAUGACAAGGUGAACUCUGACAUUGUACAUGUUGGUCCUAAAUUUGACAAAGCAGAUUCUGGUGCUGUGUCAAUGGCUCACAACUAUCAUAAGGGUGAGAGUAAUACCAUAUCUUUUGGAGGUUUUGAUGACGAGAAUGGGACAGAUAAUCCCUCUGGUGGGAUCAUUAGCAGUUACGACUUGUUAAUGGCUAAUCAGGCUUCUGCCCAGGCAUCAGAAGUAUCAACCCUGAGAGACUCAGUUGAUCCCAAUGUGGAAGUAAACAUUAACGGUGCCAUAAAGGUUGAUGGAAAAAUUGACACAAAUUCCAAAAGUAAAGAGCCAAGGAUGAGUAAGAAGGUUCCACCAAAUAGCUUCCCUUCAAAUGUCAAAAGCUUGCUCUCCACUGGUAUGCUUGAUGGGGUUCCUGUGAAAUAUGUUUCUUGGUCACGGGAGAAAAAUCUCAAGGGAAUUAUUAAAGGGACUGGAUACUUGUGCAGUUGUGAGAACUGCAAUCAUUCAAAGGCUCUCAAUGCUUAUGAAUUUGAGAGGCACGCUGGCUGCAAAACCAAACAUCCAAAUAACCAUAUUUACUUUGAGAAUGGGAAAACUAUCUAUGCUGUUGUUCAAGAGCUGAAGAACACCCCUCAGGAGAUGCUAUUUGAUGCAAUCCAGAAUGUGACUGGCUCUCCCAUUAAUCAGAAGAACUUCCGUAUUUGGAAAGCAUCUUAUCAAGCUGCCACCCUCGAACUCCAGCGUAUUUAUGGAAAAGAUGAAGUAAUUAUGCCUUCUUGAGAUGGGGAUUUUCCUUUUUAAUUUUGAGACCUCAAAGAUAUACCUACCAGGGUAUUUAAUCACAGGAUGGAUUUGUAAUCAAAACAUUGCCUAAGUGAGUAAAUUGUAAACCGGUAGUUGCAAUCAAAGAUGAUAUGGAUGAAUGGCGAUUGAUGAAGGUGCUAUUCGGUCAGGUCAACUACCUGCCGACUUUUGAAGACUUCAUUUUGAUCACAAGUGUGCAUUGCUCAGAAUGCCUUCUGCUUUUCCUUUCAUGUUACAUUUUGUUCUUUAUAUUAUAUCCCCCUCUUUAGCAGAAUUGUAUUUUGAAACAUUUUAGCUGCAAUAGAAUAGUAUGAAACAACCAUCUAGCUCUUUGAAGCUAAGAAAACUAGUGGCAAUGGGUUGGUUUUAAACAAAAACACAAACUAUUAUUAAUAUAGCCUUCAACAAAUGCAAAAGUUACAAAUACAUUUUGGUUGAAA